UGCAGAGGGGGCCCAGGCCCCGAGUGGGACAGGUGAUGAGUCCUUGCUUGCCCGCCCUGCAGACUCCACCAACCGGGAUUCGCUGGACAUGAUUGAGCGCUGCAUCUGCCUGGUGUGCCUGGACGCCCCGGGGGGCUUGGAGCUCAGUGACACCAACAGGGCGCUCCAGCUCCUUCACGGCGGAGGCUGCAGCAAGAACGGGGCGAACCGCUGGUACGACAAGUCCCUGCAGUUUGUGGUGGGCAGGGACGGCACCUGCGGCGUGGUGUGCGAGCACUCCCCGUUCGACGGCAUCGUCCUGGUGCAGUGCGUGGAGCACCUCCUCAAGCACAUGGUGAGCAGCAAGAAGCUGGUCCGAGCUGACUCCGUCAGUGAGCUGCCGGCCCCCCGGAGGCUGAGGUGGAAAUGCUCCCCCGUAAUUCAAGGCUUCCUAGCUUCCUCCGCAGAAAAACUUCAACGAAUAGUAAAGAAUCUCGACUUCGUGGUUUAUAAGUUUGACAACUACGGGAAAACGUUCAUCAAACAGCAGAAGUGCAGCCCCGACGCCUUUAUUCAGGUGGCCCUCCAGCUGGCCUUCUACAGGCUCCAUCGCAGACUCGUGCCCACCUAUGAGAGCGCAUCCAUCCGUCGCUUCCGGGAGGGACGGGUGGACAACAUUCGAUCAGCCACUCCAGAAGCACUGAGGUUUGUGAAAGCUGUCACAGACCAGGAGGCUGCUGUGCCGGAUUCCGAAAAGUUGCUGCUCCUGAAGAGUGCCAUCCGCGCCCAGACGGAGUACACAGUCAUGGCCAUCACAGGGAUGGCCAUCGACAACCACCUGCUGGGGCUGCGGGAGCUGGCUCGGGACAUGUGCAAGGAGCUGCCGGAGAUGUUCACGGAUGAGACAUACUUGACGAGCAACCGAUUCAUCCUCUCCACCAGCCAGGUGCCCACCACCAUGGAGAUGUUUUGCUGCUAUGGGCCUGUGGUGCCCAACGGGUACGGCGCCUGCUACAACCCCCAGCCCGAGAGCAUCCUUUUCUGCGUCUCUAGCUUCCACAGCUGCCCGGAGACCUCUUCCACCAAGUUUGCGAAGGCCGUGGAAGACAGCCUCGCGGAGAUGGGCGGCCUCUGCAGCCCGCCACCGACCGCUGCCAGCAAGCCGCUGGUGACAAAGGAAAAGUGCCACUAACUGUGACUCCCACCACCACGUCUGCCCUCCCAGCCUAGCAUUCUGCAGCUGCCAGACCCUUGCUGAACCCCUCUCCCACCCUCGCCCCAGCUUUCUGCAGCUCCCCUGUCCUCGGGGCCCCAUGCGCAGCACAGUGAGAUCCCCCAGCGCGGAGUGUCUGCAGGAGACUGUCCCUGUGCGCAGGAGUGUCCUUAGCUACAGACGGCGGCAGGCCGGGCCCUGAUAACAUUGCACAGGAGAGAAGAGCAGCCGGGCUCAGAAGGGGUCAGGUGAGGUGGGACGGGCACACUGACGUCCCUCACUCGCUGCCAGCAGGACCUAGCACGGCUGGGUCAUGUUUUGCCCAACGGAAGGAAGAAUGAGUCGCCUUAUUAAGUGCAAUGUACCUAGUGAAUCAUGAGGGAAGAGGCUAAUCCAGGUCAUUGCCUCUUUUCUUUUGGGGAGAAGUAGGGGCUUUGUUUUCGGAUUCAAAGCAGCCUAAUCAUUCACAGGGCCUGCGCUGAGCUCACAUUUAGCUGGGUAAGUACCCCUCCCCUGAC